UCGUUCUAACUCGACAGCUUAGCGUCGAUGACGACAUUCUGGAUCUAUGACUAUAUUUGUUCACUUCACGAAGAGUGGACAUUCCUACUGCGGUCGCGCUGGACCGAAGUAAAAACCCUAUAUAUCACUGCACGAUAUAUCCCCUUUUUAAUCACCACCAUGAACCUAUAUCUGAUCCUGGCCCCGAACGAGAAUACCAAUAUAUCGAUUAAUCUUAUCACAUGCUUUUUUGUCCUCAGAACGAUUCUACUUGUAGUCAUGCUGUUCACCCUUUUUCACGAUCCCGGGCUGUCAGCGGAGCUCAGGCAGUUUCGCAUUCUUUAUGCCGUUUACUCUCUUGCUUGUGUUCCAACUGGAGUUGGCAGGUCGGCCAAGGGCCCUCUGUAUGCCAUCUUAGUGAAGCAUAACAUAUUCUACUAUGCAUGUGGUCUGCUUCUCUCGGUCGUGAACGUCAUUGUGCCAGUGCUGCCGCUUUCUGAUUCCCUAUCCUACUUCCUCCCUGAAGGUUUUGAGGUCUUUAUCCUUGCGAUCCUUGCUACGCGCAUGCACCUGCAUCUCUGGCAUAUGGACCAGCAAGUGCACGGCUCUGACAUCGCCUGUAUUGAAGGAUAUACCCAUCGUUUGAGAAAGAGUAUCGCUCCGACUCGUCUAGGAAAGCCGACAUUCUUACUCGAGCUUUCAAAGCACAUGUUGUGGCCCAGACAAAGCAUCUUCUCGCAUUUUCGGAUGAGAUGCAAUCUCUUCAAGUACAAUGUCCGACCGGUGCGACGACGACUCGGAAGGUUGUAUGUUAUCAUCCCAACGCCUAAGUAUGCAGAUAUCGCGCCUACUGAGGCAUCGGUUCGAUCAGGACUAGAGACUCUGCUUGCCACUACUUGGUGUGUACCAUUCUCUGAUAUCGCAGAGCCGACUCUACAAGUAAACGGGUUGUAG